UAGAGCCUCCACCCAGCCCUGUCGCUGAAGAGAGCUCAGGCACCAUGCAAGGGAGCCAGGGACCUCAUCUCCUCUUGUCGCUUCUGGCCCUUUUCCUGGGGGCCCAGAGCCACAACCAGGAGGAGCGGCUGCUGGCUGACCUGAUGCGAAGCUACGACCCCCACCUGCGGCCAGCUGAGCACGAAUCGGAUGUGGUCAACGUCAGCCUGAAGCUCACCCUCACCAACCUCAUCUCCCUGAAUGAGCGAGAGGAGGCCCUCACAACCAACGUCUGGAUAGAGAUGCAGUGGUGUGAUUAUCGCCUGCGCUGGGAUCCGCAAGACUACGGUGGCCUGUGGGUGCUAAGGGUGCCGUCCACCAUGGUAUGGCGCCCUGAUAUCGUGCUGGAGAACAACGUGGAUGGUGUGUUCGAGGUGGCCCUCUACUGCAAUACCCUCGUGUCCCCUGAUGGUUGUAUCUACUGGCUGCCACCUGCAAUCUUCCGCUCCUCCUGCUCCAUCUCGGUCACCUACUUUCCCUUUGACUGGCAGAACUGCUCCCUCGUCUUCCAGUCUCAGACCUACGGUACCAGUGAGAUCAACCUGCAGCUGAGUCAGGAAGAUGGGCAAGCCAUCGAGUGGAUCUUCAUCGAUCCGGAGGCUUUCACAGAGAAUGGAGAGUGGGCCAUCCGGCACCGGCCCGCCAAGAUGCUGCUGGACACCACGGUGCCCGCAGAGGAGGCGGGCCACCAGAAGGUGGCGUUCUACCUGCUUAUCCAGCGCAAGCCCCUCUUCUACGUCAUCAACAUCAUCGCCCCCUGUGUGCUCAUCUCCUCGGUCGCCAUCCUCAUCUACUUCCUUCCUGCCAAGGCGGGUGGCCAGAAGUGCACGGUGGCCAUCAAUGUGCUCCUGGCCCAGACCGUCUUCCUCUUCCUCGUGGCCAAGAAGGUGCCAGAGACCUCCCAAGCGGUGCCGCUCAUCAGCAAGUACCUGACCUUCCUCAUGGUGGUCACCAUCCUCAUCGUCGUGAACGCUGUGGUUGUGCUCAACGUGUCCUUGCGGUCUCCACACACGCACUCCAUGGCCCGAGGGGUCCACAAGGUGUUCCUGCGGCUCCUGCCUCAGCUGCUGCGGAUGCACGUCCGGCCGCUGGCCCUGGCCACUGUUCAGGAUGCCCGCCCCCCGCUCCAGAAUGGCUCCUCCUCCUCGGGGUGGCCCAUCACCACUGGGGAAGAGGGGGGCCUCUACCUACCUCGCAGUGAGCUCCUCUUCCGGCAGCGGCGGCGCAAUGGCCUGGUGCGGGCAGCAUUGGAGAAGCUAGAGAAAGGCCCAGAGACCGGGCAGAGCCAGUUCUGUGGCAGCCUGAAGCAGGCUGCUCCAGCCAUCCAGGCCUGUGUGGAUGCCUGCAACCUCAUGGCCCGAGCCCGACACCAGCAGAGCCAUUUUGACAGUGGUAAUGAGGAGUGGUUCCUGGUGGGCCGAGUGCUGGAUCGCGUCUGCUUCCUGGCCAUGCUGUCUCUCUUCAUCUGUGGCACCGCUGGUAUCUUCCUCAUGGCCCACUACAACCAGGUGCCUGCCCUGCCAUUCCCUGGAGACCCCCGCCCCUAUCUGCCUUCGCCAGACUGAGCCAGGGAGUCACCUCUCCGGGUCAUGCUGUCCUAGGAGCUGUGUUCUGCUGCUGGGGUCCCAAGUGUGCUCCUUGGGAGGGACCCAAACAGCCCCGAGAAGAGCUAGGGAAAUAAAGAGACAAAAUUGAGCUCUGGA